GAGUUUUCAUAAUUAAAAAAGAAAAAAAAUAUUCUGAACUUAAAAUUUGUGGAACUGAACUGAACUUAAAAUAAAAAUAAAAUCAAAAAUUUCAAAACAUUUUUAGAAUGAUAUUGAAAUGAAAUAAUUAAAAUAUAUUAUAAGAAUCAAAGAAAUUGUAUAAACAAACAAAAGCAAUAAUUUUCGCAGCAAAAGUUGAGUAUAGGAUGUAAAAUUUGCUACACUUUGCUUUUGAUAAAGAACUAUUGAUACAAAAAACUAAAAAAAAAUUGGCUAUAAGUGUUCAACAAUUGUAAAAGAAAUAUAUAAAAAUGAAGUUUUCAAUGCUUUGUAUUUUCUUAAUUUCUAUAUUUCUGGUCAUCGAUGCUAAAUCUAGAAAAUCAAAUAGUAAAUUCGAAGGAGAUUUUGAAUUCGUAGAUGAAGAUGACAAAAAUUCUCAAUCAAAACAACCAUCUGAGAAGAAAAAAUGGAUCCAUGAUCCUUCUAGUGAUUUGUGUAAGCCGUUAAACUGUAAAAAAAAAGAGUUGUGUUUGCUUGAAGAUGCAUUCACUGCAGUUUGUGUUUCCAAAAAGGAGCUUCAUAAAAAUCGCAACGAAAUCAUUUCAAAAACGAAAUAUUUGGAGGCGGAAGCCAAACGCUCAAUUGAGUCAGAUGAUGAAACACAAAAUGAAUUUGAGGAAGAAAUUCUAUCAAGUGAAGAUGUAUUUUAUGAUGCGGAUGAUAAUGUUUUAGAGGAAAAUUGCAAGCCUUGUCCAGUAGUUAAUCCCACAUUUUUAUGUGGAUCAGAUAAUCGUACAUAUUCGUCUGUAUGUCGACUUGAUUAUCACAAUUGUAUACAUUCAACAUCAAUUAAAAUGGACUGCAAGGGAUUUUGUCCUUGUCAAGAAUUGACAGAUAUUAAAAAGCGACAAAAAAUGUCUGAUCGAUUAAAUGCUUUUAACAUCAAAUAUCAAAGAACUAUGCAGCAAAAUAGUUUGAAAGCACAAAUAUCACAAGCAUCAAAAGAUAACAUAAAGAUACCGAAUGUUGAAUCGGAUUACAAGUUCACUCCAGAAGAUGUUCGAUAUGAUAAUAAACACUAUAAAUACAUUAAAUAUACUACAAAUAAAAACAAUAAAAAGAGUUACAAUAGCGAUCUGGUCACCAGAAUGAUUUCUCUUGAUGAGAAACAUAAAAUUCAUGGAUAUAAUGAGGUCAUAGAUAAAACAGAAAAUAAAAUUCAAAAAAACAAAAAUAUGAAAACAGAAUGCAAUCCACAGCAAUUGACUGCAAUUGGUGAUCGAUUACUUGAUUGGUUUUCAGUCAUUAUGGCAGAUACAAAAAAAAGACACACUCGAGUUCCAAAAAUGAAGGCAAAUUUUCCUCUUACUUGUAAAAUGGAGGCAAAGUGGAUGUUUGGACAUCUGGACAUUGAUAAUAAUGGGGUAUUAUCUGGAAAAGAAUUGUAUGACAUAGAAAACGAUAAAAAUGAAAUAUGUAUCAAGCCAUUUAUAGAAGUUUGUGACAAGGAUUUGGAUUUUAACUUAGAGCCAUAUGAAUGGUGUAAAUGUUUUGAAAAAUCAAACAGGCCUUGUGCAGCUGUGAGAAAACGGCUCACUGGAGACUUGGUUGGAUCCUACGCUCCUGAUUGUGACGUUCAAGGGUUUUACAAACCUAUGCAAUGCCAUAACUCGGUAGGAGUGUGCUGGUGUGUUGAUAAACAUGGUGUAGAAUUCGCUAAUACUAGAACAAGGGGAAAACCAAUUUGUGACACAUUGUCCAACAAAAGCAUAGAUUUAAUAAGAAAUGAUGAUCAGGAAUCUGAUGAUGAAGAUGAUGACGAAAGUUUGGAAGGAUCUGCUGAUCGCUUAUUAGUGUUUUAAGAACAUAAAUUCAUUUCCUAUAUGCAUUGAAAUUGUUGAGUUAAAAGCUCAGGUAUAGGUUGAACUUGUGAUAAAAAUUGCAAGAAAAAUUUCCUCUAAAUUUCUCAAGUCAAGUUCCGAAGAAUAUUUUGUCCUUUAUUGCAUGAAUACAAAUAUAAGGCAAUUCUUAAAAAUGUUUCUUUUUUUUCAAGCCGUGAAAGUUCAAAAAUAUUUAAUAUAAAAUAAUUUUAAAAGAUUUUUAAGUUUUUGAUAAUUUUUAUUACAUUUUUUAAUUUCAAUAUUUACAAUUAGACAUAGCCUUUUUCCCGAUUUUUUUUAAAGUCGAGACGGGAUUAUUCAAAAAGUCUGGAUCGGGAUCCGGGAAAUGCAUAAUGACUAAAUAUUAACAUGAUUUGCCAAUUUCAAAGAAUUUUUUAUAAUUUUCCGAUCAUAUUUUAAAAUAAUUGCUUUUUUGAAUAGGAAAAAAUUUUAAAGUUCCUAUUUUUAUCGCAUUUCGAAGAAAAAAUGCGGUAUUAAACUCGACUUGUCGUCUGUGUGUAUGCUUUUCAGUGUGUUCUGGUGUGCCCCAAAAUUUUUGUUAGUAAUUCUUAGUUAUUUGAGGACCCUGAAGGUCUGUGGGCAGUCCCUUGGGUUGUGAGGUGUAUGGAAUUGUGAAAGGGUCAUGAGAAGUAUGAAAAUGUGAAGUGAGGAGUACAAAAAAGUGUAGGUCUGGAAAGACGAAAUGCGGUAUAGUAUGUCGUUCUUUAGACGACUACUUUCUCUAUUUUUUUCUUUCAUUAACGUAAUUUUUUAAUGUUAUCUUUCUAAAAAGUAUAAAUAAACCUUUGAUAAAUAAAAUAAAAAAUAAAUAAAAAUACUAAAUAAAACUUCUGUUUGCACAAUUUUCAAGAACUUGUUUAAUGGUCCGAACAUCCAACCGGCAAGUGAAAGACUCUGGCUUGAUUCCAGAUGUCUAUGUCGAGAAUUUUUUUUUACUAUUUCGCGAAUGAGGAAUUAAUAAGGUUGAAUGAGUUAAUUUCACAAGCCUUUGAUAAUUCUAAUUUUUCUUUCAAUAUUGAAUUGUCUGGCUACGAUUGCAAUGAAAAAAUAACCCAAGUUUUAAAAAGUAGCCAGUUAGAGCCUCAAAAAGCUCGAGCUUUUGGACACCCUAAUUUUACCGCCUUGAUUGGGUAAAUUUGAAAAGUAAAAAAAUCAAACUUUGUACUUUGUUUCAAGAAAUUCUGUUUAUAGAAGAAUAAAUUUGUGUAAACUUCGAAAACUGACAAUAAAGAACUAUUAAAAAUUUGAGAAUUGGCUUCUUUUUAACAAAACUUGAGAAGCUUCUAGACAGAAUAACAUUUUAAAAUGUAAAAAGAAGCAAAACAACUAAAAAUAAUAAUUUUAAAACCGAAUUUUUUUUGAAGAAUUAAUGCAGAGGAAACUUAAAUCUCUUCUCUUUCAAUUCUUGUUCCCAAGUAAUUUUUUUGUCGGAAAAUCAGGAAGUAAGCAUUUCCCGUGGGGAUUUCUCGCCGGGAAUUCUCGUAAGGCUAUGUCUAUUCACAAUCUUCCAUUAACAGCCAUGUUACUAGGCCUAAGAACUAAAAUGUUUUCGAUUUACAGACUUUUAAUACAAAAAACUACAAGGGCAUUUAUAAAAUAUUUUGCUUCAAUUUUUGUGUUUUUGCUGAAAGAAGUGGAUAAAAAAUUGUGACAAAAAUUUUAUUUAUUUUCAGAUACAAAAUUAGGUCGAAACUGUAACAUUUCAUUUUUUUAACAUCGAUCUAUUUUUGAAUUAUACAUAGAUACUUUAUAGGUUUGAUAGAAAAUUUCUAAAAAAAAAUACAUGUAGCUUUUAGUUGACAACAUUUUUGACUAUCGUUUUACAGGAACUUUAAAGAAUUAAAUUGUAAGUCAUAAAAAAGAUGAUACAUGAUAUAUUCACACUAUUUAAUUUGUAAACUCUUGUUUUUUUUUACAAAACGAAAGAAAAAAAUAGAAUAUUUAAGAUAAGUGUUUAGAAUACUUUAAUAAGGAAUCACAAUCUUAAUUAACAAGAUAUGUGAUACCUUCUAACAUUUCACUAGUAUUUAAAAAUUGUAAGUAGUAGUUCUUCUAUAAAAAUAAAGUACAUUGGCUAAAUGAAGGAAAGCAGAAGAGCUCAAAUUUUGUCUGAUUUAUUAUGUUGUUGUAAAAAAGACAUUACGGUCUUGUCUGUCAUGCUGCGUCCGAAAAAUAAUUUGGUAGAUUUAAAAAAAUAUAUAAAUAAGAAAUCGUAGGUUAAAAAUGACAAACAAUUUUGUCUUUUUCACAUUAGAUCAUUUUAGAAAUAAUCGAUCAAUUGAUCGAUUCCUGUCACUUAAAAAAAUAAUUGAAUUGUAUAUUUAAAAACAUAAUUUUGCGUCAUUUAUUUUGCAUUUGCUAUUUUUUAUUUAUUCAAUAACGAUAUGAUCGUUCUUCUUGAAAUAUUAGUGCAAUGAUGUAAA